UCCCAGAAUGCUCUAAUUUGGAGACAACAAACUACGAAGAUGAUGUCAUCUCCGUAAAUCCUUUCCAUGAGAGUAAUUUAUCUAUUUAUAGCCAAAUUUUGUCAUUAUAUAAAGCUUGAACAGAUUAUAUAUGACUGAACUGUUGUGCAAGUUUGAAAAUAAGCCACAUUCGCAGGUCUGAGUAUAUUUCAUCGUUGCCUUGGGGGUCACUUCAUUUCCGAAGAUGACGUCACAGAUGUAAAUACGACCAGAAAGGCAGUCUGUCUAUUUCGUUGCAAACCACCAAAAUGGAAUGAAAAUUACGUUUAUAUUGAUGGUUUGAUAUUACAAAUUGUAACCAUGGAUCUAGAUGAUGAAUUCGACGAUUACCAGGAGAUGUCGGAGGAGGAAGAAAGCGAUGGCGAUGAUAAUUUCGUGGAUAUGGGACUCGAAACGGAACCGUCGACCGCACAGGAAAAACAUGAAUCGGAAGAAUUCCCAUACGAAAUAUUUACAGCGGAUCAAAUAGUCCAGUUUAUGGUUGAUUGCAUAAAAGAAGUAAAUGCAGUUGUCCAGAUUCCAUCAACUAUAACCAGGAUUCUGCUGAAUCAUUUCAAAUGGGACAAAGAAAAAUUGAUGGAAAGGUAUUAUGAUGGUGACCAAGAGAGACUGUUCUCCGAGGCCCAUGUUGUCAGUCCUCACAGGAAAGACUCUUCAGGCAGGCCUGCUAAGAAGAUGACGAGGUCAGCAUCAGCCGCAGCUAGCCAGGAAAUUACCUGUGAGAUCUGUUAUUUUGGCAAAGUCGCUGUGGAGAUGACAGGGUUGGAGUGUGGCCACAGGUUUUGUGUACCAUGCUGGACAGACUACCUCACAUCAAAGAUUAUAGACGAAGGCCAAGGUCAAACUAUUUCCUGUGCUGCGUAUGGUUGUGAUAUUUAUGUAGAUGAUGCCACUGUCAUGAAACUAGUCAAGGAUAGAAAAGUGAAAUUGAAGUACCAACAUCUUAUAACAAACAGUUUUGUAGAAUGUAAUAGACUACUACGAUGGUGCCCUGCCCCAGAUUGUGGCCAUGCUGUGAAGGUGGGGUACUUCGACUGUAGACCAGUAACUUGUGCUUGUAGUCACACAUUCUGUUUUGCCUGUGGUGAGAACUGGCAUGACCCGGUGAGAUGUGUGUGGCUAAGGAAGUGGAUAAAGAAAUGUGAUGACGAUAGUGAAACAUCAAAUUGGAUAGCAGCCAAUACAAAGGAAUGUCCCAAGUGUCAUGUGACCAUAGAGAAGGAUGGCGGCUGUAACCACAUGGUCUGUAAGAACCAGAACUGUCGGGCAGACUUCUGCUGGGUGUGUCUAGGUCCCUGGGAGCCUCAUGGUUCCUCUUGGUAUAACUGUAACAGAUAUGAUGAAGACGAAGCAAAGAAAGCCAGAGACAAUCAGGAGAAAUCGCGAGGGCAGCUUCAGCGGUACCUGUUCUACUGCAAUCGAUACAUGAACCACAUGCAGAGUCUCAAGUUUGAGAACAAGCUGUACACAUCCGUGAAGCUGAAGAUGGAGGAGAUGCAACAACACAUGUCUUGGAUUGAGGUUCAGUUCCUGAAGAAAGCCGUGGAUGUGCUUUGUCAGUGUCGCCAGACACUUAUGUUUACCUAUGUCUUUGCCUUCUAUCUAAAGAAGAACAACCAGUCCAUUAUAUUUGAGGAUAACCAGAAGGAUCUAGAAAAUGCUACAGAACAGCUCUCCGAGUAUUUAGAACGGGAUAUCACGUCGGACAUGCUACAUGACAUCAAACAGAAAGUACAAGAUAAAUACAGAUACUGUGAAAGCAGACGCAAUGUGCUAUUAGACCAUGUACAUGAAGGCUAUGAGAAGGAACUGUGGGAGUAUCACGAUUUCUUCUAAAUUCCAACCCAAAGUUUGAUGUCAUUCUGUGAACCACUGAUACACACCGAGGGGGAGGGCUACUGGAUCUUAACAAGUGAAACAUGGACCCAAAGAGAACCCAAUGUUUGUACAAACUCAUAUAAUAUUAAAAGAUUUAAUAUAUAUGGAAAGCCUGUUGGAUACGCACUUGGUCGGACCGUCAGUAAUACUGUAAUAAUUCAAUCCUUGGAACCCGUCAGUGAUAACCUGUGUGUUUUGUAUGCUCGCGCCAUUGAUAAUUGAUUUUAUCAUCUGAACGUGGAUGCGUAUGUGGAAUAUGUGUAUAUAACAUUAAAAUAUAUGCUUAUGAAUUAUGAAAGUCUGGUUUAAAUCUCUGUGGGGAGCAACGAGUGUUUAAAUCUCUCUUGGGAGUAAUGAUGGAUUCUAGAAAUAAUCAAGGAUGAAACGUAUUGUGAUUUGCUAAGUCGGCAAUGUCAUAGGUAGAAUUCAAACCAAACAUUUAAUUCUAUCUUUGUUGCGUAAAGAUGGAAAAAAAAUUGAAGAAAAAACAAAUUUUAUUUAGUUGAGAUGUAUGAAAGGUAAUUUGUUCUGAUUUUUUUUUUUUGCGUGCUUAAAUGCAAGGAAGAUGUUUCCCUAAACAAGUACGGAAAUAUAGUAUUUAAAUAUCCUUUUUAUUUGUUCAUGAUAAUCAUUCAUCAUAUGUUGCAUCAAAUCAAAUUUUAUUUUCAAUAAUAAAUCCUGUUUUUAUUUAUCGUAUGUAUACAGACACCUUUGUUUGACACAUCUUUGUGUGUAGAAAAUAUUUGUUUAAGUUCAAUAUGUUAGUGUAACUGUUAGUAUUUAUUCCUUUCUAUACUGAAAUAGCUUUUAAGAUAUUUUGAAGAAUGCUUGGUCAAUUUGAUGGGGAAAAUCACUUGGUAUCACACAUCUGUAUCUGGAGAUAAUUGUAACACUGUCUUAGAUCAUUUUUUUUUCAAACUUUUAACUUAUACCUAAUACAGAAUUAAGGUGAAGUUCAGCAUAUAAAUUGCACUAAUUAAUUCGUAUAAAUGAAUUUGUCUCAGUUUUCCCAAAAUACUGAUGUCCCUUUUCUAUUACAAAAUUUUACUAUAAGCAACAGGUCUGAAUAAAAUUAAACUGCACAUUUGGGUUUUCUAUUAAUUGAUCAUAUUGAACUGGAAAUGGAGCCUACCAGUCAUGUUGAAUAAAUUGAAAUUCAGCUUUUGAAUUGACGGAAUGUAUAUCAAUAAUUAUCAUGUACACACUUAAUUUAUUCUGAUUUCGUGUUGAAUGUAAGAUUAUCAGUCCUUUGGACAGACUUGUAUUAACACAUCAGACAGUUAUAAUUAAUUCCGUAUUUAUAUGUUGGUGCCAUCGUAUAAAUGCACAUCCACACAUUAACGAGUUAACUCAAGAGAGAACCUAAUUAGCACUGCACUUGUGGAGGUCAAUGUAUCAAAUUUCACGAAAUUCACAAAAACUGUCCCAGCUAUUACCAGUCUGGUAACAGUAUAAAGGAAGUUUUGAAUUAAAAAACCAAAUUGUAUGCAUGUAUUUGCCUAGUGAAACUAAUAUUUUUUUGUGCUUUUAAAUUAGUAACAAAUUCUAAUGCAAGGUGUUGCAGCGUUGUUGGCUUUUAAACGGAGUAUGCUUCUAAUAUAGAGGGUAACGGGUCAAAGUUUGUGUUGUCGGCGUUCAGGCAGCAUGCUUCUACUUUCCAUGUUGUCGUGAUGUUGGCUUUGAAUAGAAAUGUCCUCUAACCCUUGGUACAGUCACUUGUCAGCUUCCUCACCGAGUAGGUUUCAUGCAUCUCAUCUUAAAAUUACAAUCCAGUCACAUGUAAAACUCAUUUGUGAAUAUAGAUUAAAUCUGAUUUCCUAAUUUUUAUGCUUUUAUCCUUUUGAAUUUGAAUGGUUUGCUCUCAUCCUCAGAGGAACGUCCAAUCAAUUUAUAGGGGAAGAAAGACAUAUAUGUAUUGUUUUCAGAAAGAAGAUAUUUUGAGGAGAACCUCCCAUUGAUGACCCAGACGGGCUGUGUGCAUGUGUCCACUAUUGAAUAAUUAAGACAAGAAAGCACUUCCUGCAUGAGCCAGUGAUGUUUAAUUGCCAUUAAACCUUCCAACAUGCCUGAACCUAUUCCAUUGAAAUUCAUGUUCUCAAAUCUUCCAUAAAUAUAAUGUUACAACAGGUACCUAGGAUUCGACUCAAUGUUCAUUAUGAAAUUAAUAAAGGGGUCCCAGAGAAUAUUUCACCAAAAAUAUUUUUUUAGCAAUAUCACCAGCAAGCUGCUAAUAUAACAUUUAUAAUUUUAUGUUAUCUCUGAUUGUGCUUGGCAAACAAACUCCUUGGAGUGUAAAAAGAAGAUCAUUGAUGAAUGUGUAGAAAUUUAGCAUGUGUUUAAUAUUGUGAGUGGGUUAGAGAGAGUGAAUCUGUGUGAAAAAGCUAUAAACCAAAGGGGUUUUAAAAGGUAUGCCUACCACUUCAUUCUGCUUGUAUUAUAUUAGGAGACUUUGUUUUGAAUGGGGUCUGUUCGUGCCUAAUUCUGACACCAGUAAAUUAUAUUACAGACAACAUCAAAACUGCUCAAGAUAUUCUUAGUUAUCAAACAGGAGAUUUAUGUUGUAAUCCCUAAUUUUAGUUCACCUGUGUUUGGCAUUGAAAUUUGGCUUCAGCUCUUUUAAACUAUGUUGCUGUCAGUUUUUUAAAGUCGUCAAAUAAUUGAUUUUCGUAUUAAAACUUUUAUUGAUAGAAAUAUUCCUCUAUUUCUGAACGAUUUAGUAUUGGCCUGGUUUUAUGUAAUUAGCUGGACUUUCUACAGUCUGUUGAUAUCGUUUCCUAAGGUAAAUACACUGGCUGGUAUACUGGGUCAGGGUUAUAUAAAGUUGAAAAUGUCGCAAUUAAAUCCGUUAUUUUUUUGUGUUUCUAAAAUUAGUAUUGGAUCAUUCUGAAAUUAAUAAAAGAAAAGAUUGAUUUAUAAAUAUAAACAAUUGCAAAAGUUCAAGACUUUGUUUUGAAAUCUGUUGACUCCACUAUAUAUGAAAAAAAUGAUUCAUAUCAAGAGAUAUUUGUCUUCACAUUUUUUUUUCAGAAUUAAAACUUUGCGUGAAUUAACAAUAUUUAUUUCAUGAUUCAACAGUGUUAAAUUACGUGCUACUUACACAUUUUCUGUACCCAAAUAUACCUAAUAUCAACCGCUCCGUUCCCCAAUCUAAGCUGUAGUACACAUAGCUACAAAAAUGGUUUUCAAAACACGUGUUGUCACCUAAACCUGUUUAUGUUUGUGGUGUAAAAAUUUUGUUAUGUAGAAACAAAGUAUCUCUUGUUCAUAUAUGUUUUAAAGAUUGAAAUAAGAAAUUUAUGCUAUGAUUUAUUUGUUUGUUGUUCAUUCUUUUUAUUCGAAUUUAAAACCUUUUUAUUGUGCAACUUAAAAUAGCAUAAAACUUUGCAUAGCUGUAUUUCUGUCCAUCAUGAUAGUUUGUUGGUAAAAUGAGGAAUUAAAGCCGUAAUUGCACCCUGAUGAUGAACUAAAUCUACACACUAUUUCACUGUGAAUGCCAUUAUAACUGCUUCAAAUAGUUAAUUAUUCCUUUGACCCUGUAUACUGGGAUGAUCAACACAAUCUGUUAUUUGUAUAUAAGGUUAUCUCAAGUCUGAGGCUAGGAUUUUGUAACUGAUUUUCCUCAAGUUUUAAAUAACCUACUCUGGCUCAGCAGCAAGUAAUAAUUUCAAGACGUAUUAGUACUUGACCUUGUAUAAGUACUUGACCUUGUAUAAGUACAUGACCUUGUAUUAGUACUUGACCUUGUAUUAGUACUUGACUUUGUAUUAGUACUUGACUUUGUAUUAGAACUUGACUUUGUAUUAGUACUUGACCUUGUAUAAGUACAUGACCUUGUAUUAGUACUUGACCUUGUAUUAGUACUUGACUUUGUAUUAGUACUUGACCUUGUUUUAGUACUUGUCUUCUUUAGUCCUUUUAAUGUAAUCUUAGGGACUUAUUGUAAAAGGUAUCGUAAUGAAACUUUUAAGUGUACCUGCAUCACCCUGAAAGGUGUGCCGUGUACUUUAAUUAGGUUACAGUGACCUUCACAUUAAUAAGUCAAAUUAGUACAAAAUUCACUGGGAAAUCUUGUCCACGUUGCAACUUUUAAAAAAAAAUGUUGAAAUGUGAAAUGUAUCUAUCAUCUAGAGAAGGUUUACAGUGUACUGUAAUUAGGUCACUGUGACCCUUGCCUCUAGGUCAAAUAUAUGUGGAGAUGCUUUAAUGAACAAAGUCAACUAUUCCUGCAUUCCUCUCAGGUAUUUAGGUCACUUCUAGGUCAAAGAUGAAAAUAUACAAAUUGGAUAAUAUGUUUUUUUUCGUAAAUUUGUUUUAUUCAUGAAAUAUUUUAUUUCACGAUAGUUUAUUAGUAUCUUGGCCCAGUUGUUCAAAAGGUGGUUAGCCUAAUCACAGUUUAAUGACAAUUUUUUUCAACCUUUAAUCAUUCCAUCAAUAUGCAAGGUAAAAUCUCACAAUUUUGCAUGUAAAUUCACUGUUCUAAAUAGUUGAUAUCUGAAAAGUUGUAACUAAUUCAAUGGUUGUGUUUUAAAGAUACACAAAAAACAAUAUUUGCGCUAAUCACUGAUUAAGCUAAUCACUUUUUGAACAACUAGGCCCAGGUGCGGAACCUCAAAUUAGCCUUUUACUUAAACAAUGUACUCUGUGCUAAAAGGAGAAGAAAAACAUGUUCUACACUGUAGAUUAUAUUUUAAAUGUAAUAUGUAUUGUGCAUCGAACAAUAUCAAAACAAAACAUUUAGCCACAAGAAGCAUGCAUUACUUGUGUUAUUGUGUGGAUAAAUCCGAGAGGAGAGAUCCACUGACAACCCUAAUUGGAAUUUAUAUCACUUGUGAGUAUAGUGAGAAACAGUUCCACUGUGAAUGUGCUCAAAACUGUUCUUAAGCACUUAAGUCCUUUUGUUUGUUUACCCCGACAAGAAAUUGUAACCUUAAAGUCAAACUCUCCGACCAAUUACACCUAUAUCGUGGCAAUUUAGUCCCUUAGAGUUCUUUAUAAACAUGUUUCACUGUAAGAGAAUCCUACACCUACAGUAUUUAUACCGUCUGGUCUAGACAAUAAAGCUGUAGGUGUUACGUCGGGUGACAUAGCUGUGUAUGAAAGGCAGUAUUUACCCAAAAAGUAUUAAUACCUAAAUAGUAAAGUACACUGGUUGUGGCCAUCUUUUCAUAGCAAUGUUACCAUCAAAUUCAAGAGAUAUUUGAGGUGAUUUAACACAAACCGCUGGUCUUGAUUAGAUAUAUAAAAUUAUGCUUUUUGGCCCAGCAAAACAGUUUUUGAGAAAAAUCUCUAAAACAAUGGUCAAUUUUUUCCAGAUGAUUGUUAGAUGUAUUGAGCGGUGGUUGUGGUCAUGUCCCACUGAGUAGUUUAACAGGUUACAGGUGAAUGUGUACGGGUCGACUUUUAUAAAGACUUCAACUAGAGAUACGACAUGUUUAAGGGAGAUAACUCAUAAGAAAAAUUUGUAUAAGAAUAUUAUUAUUACAUGUUAAAAGACGACUCUGAAGUACAAUAAUACACCAACUCCUGCAAUAGUUUAGAGAUAAUUGAAAUGUAUAUAUCAUACGAGUAUUCACAGAAAGUUUGGAUAUGCAUGAUUUUCACUGUAAAUGCCUGGAAGCAUGGUAAUUUAUUGUAAGGCACACAACUAAAAUGCUGUUGAAUGUUCUCCACAAAUGCAUGACUGUUUCUCAUCCCAGCUGAUUGACAUAACAGAUCAUAGAUUGAAGUUUCUGUUAUUAUAAUGCAAAAUAUAUAUAGUUAUAUAUUUCUGGAAAAGAAUUUCCAUACCAUUAUAUAACAUAAAUACAAAACUCACAUUUGAUAUUUGCACACAUAAGACAAAAAGACGCUUGACUGAAAAUGUUGAAAAACUAUAUUGUACAAUCUAUGGAAGUCUGAGUUAAGAAAGAGCAUUCUUGCAACACUGCAUGUAAUAUAGAGAAAUCAAAAUGUGAUCUGUGCUUGCAAAUAGCUACUGUGUAAGCAAAAUAAAGUUUUUAUUGAAGAUAAUAGCUUCAAGGCAUCAACAAUUCACUUAGUAUGCUUUAUGUAUUGUGUUGACACCAAAUAAACAAACUAUCAAAACUUGAAAGGAGCUGCCAAAUUUCUCCAAGAGAUAAAAGUUGAUGGACAUGUUCAGUGAUUUCUGUUGAACAAUACGGCGCCAAAAUAGAUGUGAAAAAGCUAUUUUACACAAUGUCAUGUGCUUUGUAUGGUCCAUAAAAAGCUAUUUUACACAAUGUCAUGUGCUUUGUAUGGUCCAUAAAAAGCUAUUUUACACAAUGUCAUGUGCUUUGUAUGGUCCAUAAAAAGCUAUUUUACACAAUGUUGUGUGCUUUGUAUGGUCCAUAAAAAGCUAUUUUACACAAUGUCAUGUGCUUUUGUAUGGUCCAUAAAAAGCUAUUUUACACAAUGUCAUGUGCUUUGUAUGGUCCAUAAAAAGCUUUUCCUUCAAAAUAGAACGUGGCUACGGAUUAGGGUUGCAAGAGAAUGUGUGUGUUAUUGGACAACAAGGACUUUCUAUAAAUAUGAGGGUUUUUUCUUUCAGGAGAAGUUUUUGUGUACAAUCAUGUACGUUGUGAUAAAGUGUUAUUUAAUAAAGAUAAUUGAAAUC